UCCCUUUGCAGGACCGAUCUACUUGAUCAUCCUUGUUGUGGACUGUCUGUUUUUCUUGUUUUUGGAGUGGUGGAUCCCGAGAGACGAUAUGGAUUUCGUUGUUAAUCAUUGGGAUCAUGAUCGGUUUGUUCAGUGCGUCGAGCAAGAACAGGGGAAUAACAUUCGCUAAUCAGUAACUAUUUGGCGGCUCCUUCGCUAUCGACGUUUAUCGUUGCCCAUCAUAUGGAGCCGUACUGCCCGACCGAUUCGCUUCAUCAUGAACGUCCGCUUGACUUCGGGCAAUGGCUCCGAAUCUCUGGCGUAACUCAGCUCCGGAACGGGUUCUCUAUCUCGACGGUCUUCGUCGUGUGUAGGAAUGAAUCAUCGUGGAAACCCCAUCGAGCCGACGCCUCAUCCUCUCCCACCCAAUCCAUUCUUUGCUUUCCUAGACCAGAUCCCCGGCCCUCAGUGGACCCUGAAGAUCUCACACAAGUGCUCUGCUGUAUACCAGCCGUCCAGUCACGGAACGAUCUAUGUGCCCGAAGGGGUAUCAGCAGCCAAAUCGAAGGAUCUACAUGGGAUCUGGUAUCGUCGGUGACUGAAAAGACGAAAUAUUCUUCAGUAGAGAUCAUUAGAGCCGGAGACGAUGCAAUGUAUGAUAUCCUGGUUGACUCGACAAUCUGUCUCAUCCCACUGAUCACCCCCAUGUCGAAGCUCCAAGCGGUGUGAGGGUGCACAGUUUCUCGUCGUGUGGAGCUCUAUCGUGGAUUCGCGAUGGAAAUUAUGAACUUGACAAAGCAGUGUUCGGCUGGUGGGUGAAGAUCUCAGGUGCUCUGCCU